AUGAAGAACAUCGCCAUUGCCUCUCUCUUCGUUGCUUCGGCUUCAGCCUUCCCAUGGGUCGUCGACCAACCUGGUGUCGACAGCUCUCUUCUGGGAGCUGGACGCAAGAUCAGACGUCAACAAUCUGGUGGCACCCAGAAGGGUGGUCCCGCCACUUGCCCAUUCAACGCCGACCACAAGGGUGCCGCUCCCUACAACGCAAAGUACCCCUACAAUGGUGCCCACGAUGGCAUUCCCGGAAAGGGCAUUGGUGGUUACCAGGUACCCGCUGAUGGUGACACUGCUCACUACUACGAGGCCCCUGGACCUAAUGAUAUCCGUGGCCCCUGCCCAGGAUUGAACGCCGCAGCCAACCAUCACUUCCUUUCUCACGAUGGUAUCACCACAUUCAACGAGCUUGUCGAUGCCCAACAGAAUCUCUACAACGUUGGCUACGAUUUGGCUACACUUCUCGCUGCCCUCGGUCUUACCCUCACCGAUGGUGAUCUUGUAACCGAGAAGCUUUCCAUCGGAUGUGAUGCCACAACCAGAACCUCAUUCAGCCCUGUGCUCACCGGCUCUGAGCCCGGACUCGACGGCCACAACAAGUUCGAAGCCGACUCCUCCCUCACCAGAAACGACUACUUCCUCGCUGACGGAGACAACUACUCCUUCAACGGCACCCUUUUCGGCAUGAUGCAAGACACUUGCCAGGGCGACUUCAACCGCGAGAACCUGUCCAAGUACCGCCUGCAGCGCUACACUCAGUCACUCAACGAGAACCCCAACUUCUUCUUCGGUCCUCUGACCCUGCUUCUCUACGGAGCCGCCUCGUUCCUGUACACUCUCAUGCCCAACGGAAACCACGGUUACGCACCUGACCUCGAGACCAUCUCCUCCUUCUUCGGUGCCGAGCAGAACGCAGACGGCACCUGGGAAUUCAACGGCGGCGAGCGCAUCCCCGCCAACUGGACCAACCGCGUCACUCCUUACUCCAACUUGGACGUCACCACCGAAAUCCUCACCAUGUACCUCGAGAACCCUGUUUUGUUCGGCGGCAACACUGCAGAUGGUUCCUUUGACGGCAUCAACUUUGGCGCCAUCAAGGAUGGUAAGCUUGAGCUUGCCAUCGGUGCCCCAGAGACUGCUUGUCUGCUGUACCAGCUCACCACAGGUCAAAUUCCUUCGUACCUCAAUGGUGUCAUCACUCCUACUGUUGAUGCGUUGAGCUUUGUUGCAAGCAAGGUCUCGCCUUCGUUCAAGAACUUGGGAUGUCCGCUUGCUCUUACCUAA